GUGAUUAGUGAUGAGCAUGGAAUAGCUCCAACAGGGACAUACCAUGGGGACAGCAACCUUCAGCUGGAGAGGAUAAAUGUCUACUACAAUGAGGCAACUGGUGGGUAAAAACACACAACCAAUAAAACUGCAUCAGCAGUUCACUAAACGUAACUUUUUAGUUUGAGUAUCUGAUGUUGAUUCUAUUGUAUUUGUGUUCCAACAAUACCAGGAAAAUAUGUUUCCAGAUCCACCAGGAUCCACCGGGAUCCACCAGGAUCCACCGGGAUCCACCAGGAUCCACCGGGAUCCACCAGGAUCCACCAGGAUCCACCAGGAUCCACCAGUUCUGGGGACAUACCUUCCUCCUAUUGGAUGCAGUUCGGUCUGGACCAUUUGGACAAAUAUUUAUACCAGAUAACUUUGUCUUUGGGAAAUUGGAUUUUGUAGCGUUAGCUAACUACUUGCUAGCAUAGAUAUCAUGGGGGUGUCAUCUGUCAAAGAUGUUCAAUGUGUAGCCUAAUCACUCAGGUCAUACAACACAAAUAACUUCAACUAGCUAAGUUGAGUUGGGGGGGGGGGGAAAUGUACGUAUGCUUGUUAAUGUGGGGUCUCUACCUCUAAAUGAAUAUUGAAAAUGUCUAACAUUUAUAAACAUGUUGUGUGCUUUCUGCUCACAGGGCAGAGUGGUGCUGGUAACAAUUAAGCUAAAGGCCACUACACAGAGGGAGCGGAGCUGACGGACUGUUCUGGAAGAGGUGAGGAAAGAGGCAGAGAGCUGUGGCUGUCUACAGGGAUUCCAACUCACUCACUCCCUGGGUGGAGACACAGAAUCCGGCAUGGGGAACUCUAAAAUCCGUGAAGAAUACCCAGACCGAAUUCAUGAACACCUUUAGCGUGGUGCCCUCUCCCAAAGUAUCAGACACUGUUGUUGAGCCUUAUAAUGCUACCCUCUCAGUUCACCAGCUUGUAGAGAACACAGAUGAAACCUAUUGCAUAGACAAUGAAGCCUUGUACGAUAUCUGCUUCCGUUCCCUGAAGCUGACCACCCCCCACAUACGGUGA